AUCAUAUUUUAAACUCAACAAAUUUAUUGUGUCAAAUUCGGCUACUAAACCCUACAAAAUUGAACCGGUCAUCGAAAUCCAUGUUUUCACAAAUGGCAGACGAAACACUGGAAUCGCUCACAAAAGCGGUCCUAACAAUGUCUGCUGCUCUACUACUUCAUUAUUCAGAAACGUUUAGCGAACGGUUCAGAAAGAAAAAAAGUUCAAGAAAAACAAUCCCCACUAACGGUUCACCAAAACAUGCACAACACGUUUCCUUUGGAGUCGGUCAUGAUGUUCCUUCAUCAGCUAGUCGCUUCACGGACACAGAUGUUGAAUCUUACCGCUUGGUACGCCCAACCGUCCCGUUAUUGCGAGAAGUAUUACGUGACGCAUCAAGUUCAUUCCGAUCAUAUACUGCGCCCCCGUCUAUAAAAACACCGGUUGUCCCCUAUAAAUUCAUACGAACGACACCUUUGCAUCAUAGCUCUUUGGCAAGCAGUCCGUGGCCAUCAUAUUUCCGAUCCCCUCCGCCAUCGCCGGAGAGUGAACGUUCCUUCCGUCUAACCCGUGUUCCACGUGCUCCCCCCGGCUACGAUUAUUCGGCAAAGUUUGAACGUGAUCACUCGUACCCGGUAGCAUACACCGCUCGCAGCCCCCAUCGAUCUCCUCAACCAGGGCAUCUAUUCAUCGAUGAUGCCGAUUCCUCAACCCCAUCGGAAAGCGAGGUGUCUCUUCGUGUAGUGCAUCCUUUUAGUGGCAAUAGAUCCCGUGACCGAAUCGUCGACCCAUAUUUGUAUCGAUCAUAUUCAACCCUUCCCUCUUCUGCUAUCGCUACUUCAAGACGACUCCCCCAGCAAUAUGUAUCGCCACAAGCAGUACCAUUGGAACAAAUCAGCUUUCCCGAGUACGAUGAACCGUCGUCACAGGCAGUAACAGACUAUUCCAAUGGAUAUCCCGAGGAGCUAGACAGUGGCGACUUGCCAGAAGAUCCACUAUAUGAUCCACUAGGGGAAUACGAUGAAUCACAAGCAUCAAUUCAAGAAACCCUGAACACAACUUUUGCCCUACCUUCUCCUUCACUAUCCUCGCGAAGCCCAGCUCGAAGUAGCCCCGGGACAACUUUCGAAACCGACAGCGUUCGCUUUCCAAACCUUUCGCGGCUACCACCGACACCACGUGGUACCUCCUUGGCCAGCGAUUUGCAAAGUCCAUCUGCUGUUCGUGCGGAAACCAUCAAUCAAUCUAGCCGCCAAGAGAACCUCGCCGAGGUCAGUUCUGGACCGUUUGCACCGGAAUUGAACUCCACCUUCGUAACCGACUCCCGAGCGGGCGUGGACAGUCUGGAGGAAACCAUCAACACGCUGAUAGCGAAGAUAAAUCGCCAGGCGGAGAUUAUUCGGGCGGGUGGAAGACCUGCCGAGCACGAGCGGAUUGGAGUUAUACGGAGAAAAUCGGAAGAUUUCGACACCGAGACGGGACGGAUGAAAGAUUUGAAAUAA